AUGCUUGUGAAGUCUAAGAAGAAUCUUGAGUCAAAAUGUGUCAAGCAAGAUGAAGAUCUUCGUGAAUCAACUGAGCUCUAUAAUGGAAUUUCCCAACGCAAUGCGAAGUUCGAGAGGAUGUUAUCUAUGGGAAAAAGUGUAGGUGAUAAGCGUGGUUUAGGCUAUCCGAAUGAAAACACCCAAACUUCCUGCAAGACCAUAUUUGUGAAGUGCAUUACCAACCUAUCAACCCCACAAGUUGGCACAAGCUCAAAAUUUGUUAAGAAUGGUAAGGGUAGGAAUUCAAAGAAUAAGGUUGCUAAAGAAGCCCAAAUCAUUGGUGUGCAACAUGAGAAGAUGGCCUCCUUGAGUGGUCGGGUCAACUCAAGUGAAGAAGGGACGAGAGGCCAUCAAGUGGACUUGGUCAAGUCCAAGGCCUAA